AUGGACUCUGUUACGAACAUCAAGAACGCUCCUCUCAAGCGGAAAAGCAAUGAUGAAUUUGACCAAAACGAUCUCCCAAGAAAGCAAAAAGCGGAAUCGGAAGACGAAUCUAAAUCUGGCGGGUAUGGAAAAGACUCGAAGGGUAAUCUAGUCCUCAAGCAGAACCAGACAUUGAGCUCGGGAUCGAACGCAAGCGUGAAGAAGAGUCUCUUGAACCACCAGCCCGUAGGGGUCAUAAUUGGUGACCGCAAUAAAGAGAUCGGCCGCUCACUCCCGCACCGCUACAAUGUUAUGGACUUUUUUGUCGUCACCCACGUCUGGCCCGAAAGAAUUGGGGCCUUUAUUGGCUACAUGAUGCGUCUUCAAAAAAUCGACCUCACCAGUAAAAGCUGGUGGGCGGCAAAAGGUUCACCUGAACCACCCGCAAACCGAGACUUCCAUACCCGCCCCGACGCUAUGAUCUGUCAUGCAUGCAGUCAUGAAUCCUGCCGGAUUUUCAAGGGAGUCUGGGCAUGCUUGAACGAAGAUUGCCCUCGUUUCUGGGAAUUUAUCAAUGGACCACCGACCACAGAGCUGGAGUAUGACCCAGUGUUCCUAUCUCAUCGAUUUUUCUGGGACGUCGCCAACCUGCCAGAAAGCCCAACUCUUGUUCCUCUUCCCCCAGUCAUUACAGACGACAACCGCCUUGGAUACAGAGUCGGAGAUCAGGCUCGUCGAGGCUUUAUCUGUCCGAACUGCAGAAAGUGCCUCCCCCGCGUUUUCUGGAAGGGUUGGAAUUGUACAGUGCAGCACUACGUCCCACCAAAACCUCGGAGCAACGAACUAGGUUGCCCAUUCACUGUGAACGUCGAAGGCCCAGCUAUUCCUUUUGAAAACGUGAUUGCACCACCUGAUAGCUUGCCCGGACCGCUGGGACGACGCAAAAUCUCAGGCAAGGGAACCACGAUGCCCCGUGGGGGCUUGGAGUCAUUUUACAACCAACCUCGAUUUGCCCCAAAUACCAGUGGACCUGACAUUGAUAGAGUGUCAAUGGCACCAUACGUGAGACUCAGGUACUCAAUUGCAGGCGGCAACAUUGGCACAGUUGAUCAUAUUGUGUCAAACCUGGCUAUCAAUGCUAAGGAUCGGGGACCAAAUUUUCUAUUCCAACGCUUCCAAGAACUCGAUCUCGGUCUCCGGCGAGAGCGUCUUACACACGCACCAGUCAAAGGCCUGAUGACGGGGCAUUUCCUUGUGAACAUCGGUCUCCCAUACAAAUUUGUCGUCUCUACGCAGUCCAAGUCAUUUAGCGACACCCAUCAGGAUGUUCUCGUUGCCCAUAGUCGCCUGGUUUGGGCGACUGAGAAGAUAGUGGCGGAGUCCAAUAUGGAGUAUCAGAAACCCAACGAACUCUUGCUUGUGUGUUACGUGACAAACAUGGACAUGGGCUACCAUGAUGAUGGCGAAGAUGACCUGGGGCCCACCGUGGCCACCUUAUCUCUGGGUGGUAGUUCCACUAUGUUUCUUAGGAUGAAGAAGAAAUAUUUCGUCGGGCUGCGCCAAUCUAAGAAUGGCGCCCCGACCUUGACAAAAGAUGAUCCUGUUCUGGAUGGCUGCCAGAACUACGACCAGAGGAAAGCUCUGAAGGACAGAUAUGAUCAAGGUUUCCUCACUGAACCCGAAUACGAUGAAGAACGGUGGAAGAUCCUAAAAUCCGCCGAGGAUGCCGCACCAAUUUUAAAAAUGGAACUCCACCAUGGUCACAUGGUCGUGAUGAACGGCGAAGGCCUGCAGAAGUACUACGAGCACAAGGUAGUGCCGGAUGGGGGCCUACGCUUCGCGGUGACCGCGCGGCACAUCCAGGAGGAUACCGUGAAAGCAGAGGAUACUUGGAUGGGCCAGUACAAACUGCCAUCCGGCCAAGCUUACAAUGGGGAAUGA